GCCGAUCCGAGAUGCUGACUUCAAACUUUUUUUGAAUAUGAACAGUCUCCCACACUCUACAUUCAAGUCCAAAACCAUUAUUAUCUAUGCCUGAUGAUCCCAAGAUUAAAACUGCAUUUUCUAACUUGGAAAUUCCGACAUCUCAAGUCUUACCAAAUGUGAUUCAGACCAAACACAUCCUUCUCACCACUCUUCCUUGAAUUUGUCAACCCCUACAUACAUCCCACCUCAUAUCUGCCACCAAGUGUCCAUUUUUCUACUAUCAUAAAUUUCUUCUUGUUACAUAUGCACUCUUCACUUUAUUUGAAGAUAGAUUAGGUGUUACUUUGGGUGCGUCAUGAAUUAGUUGAACACUAUUGUUAAUCCAAUAUAUUAUCUAUCAAGAGUCUAAUCCAAGCAAGAAUAUGUCUUCCAUUCUAGGCAGCAACGGUGGGAAUAUGGGGUCACCCUUUUUUAAUGAAUUCAAGAAACAGGCGUCUUUUUUCCUCAAGGAGAAGAUCAAGACUGCCAGAUUGGCCCUGACUGAUGUUACACCGGCUCAACUAUUGGUAGAGGAAGCUACAAAUGGAAAUCCAGGAGCUCCAGACACUUGUACUCUUAAAUUGAUAUCAAGGGCUGCUUUUGAAGUAGACGAUUAUUGGAGAAUUGUGGAGAUCCUGCAUAAGAGAUUAGUGAGUUUUGAUAGAAGAAAUUGGAGGGCUUCAUACCAAGCUUUAAUUGUGCUAGAACACUUGUUAACUCAUGGGCCUGAGAGGGUAUCGGAGGAGUUUCAGAACGACAGAGAUGUUGUUGAAGAAACUGGAAGCUUUCUGUAUGUUGAUGAGAAAGGAUUCAACUGGGGCCUGAAUGUUAAAAAGAAAUCUGAGAGGAUAUUGAAGCUGCUUGAUGAUAGAUCAUUUCUGAAAGAAGAGAGAAACAAGGCUCGGACAGUAACUAAAGGAAUUGAAGGGUUUGGCAGCUUCUGCAAUAGGCGUUCUUCGGACCAAGAAGUUCCGCAGGAAUCAUCUCUGAAAUCAUUUGAGAAAUGCAAUUCUCAGUUUAAUGAACAUGGAAAUAAGGAAAAUGGCAUUUCGUUGUUUGAUGAUCAGUAUUUUACCAAUGGAAAGCUGGAAAAUUCAAAGCAGGCCAACAGCGAUAAUUCAAACUUGGCAUUGAAUACAAAACUAGAAAAUUCAACCGCCUGGAAAAAUUCUGAUAAUCAAAGGAUGCUUGAGAAGGAUAGUGCACGAACAAGUUUCAAAGAAAAUACGGCCCCAAAACAGAAAGUAUAUGCAGAGGACUUGGACGAUUGGGAUACAGCAGAAGAGUCAAAUGCUCUUUUGAGUAAUCAAGAAGCUGAUUCCAGGAUGAACAUCUCCAUGGAAGAUGAUCAUCCCUUUAACCUCAACCAGCUCCGACAUGCUGUCUCCCUGCUUCCUUCAAGAGAUCAAGUCCUGCGGGCAUUUUGAAGAUUGAAGUAAAGUUGAUGCAAGUAGCUUCUGUUAAAACCAUCCCUCGUGGUUUCUAAGGUUAUGUUUCUCUAUCAUGUAUAUUUUUAUGGAUGGGAACAAGCCAAUGCUUGUUCUUAGAGGAUCUGAUUUCUUCUUCCAGCCUGCUCUAUAGCAGUCAGUCAUUGUGAGAUUGUUUAUUAUCUAUGUUGGUCGUGCUUGGUUAGGCAGACACGAACUAUGCCACCAACUAGUUCACUUUUCUGGUGUGAAUCCCGGCACACUAAUUGCUUGUUUUGUUUAUUUGCCUCGUA